AUGGGACAACAUCAAACGACAGAAUCGACCACAAGUACUAGCUCCACUACAAGCACUAGCACUACGACUGAUUCGAUCACUUCAUCUUCGGAACCAAAAUCUCCGCCUUCUCCUCCUCCUUCUCCGACCAACAAAUUCAAAACUUCCUUCAAAAUGUUCAAAUCCUCAAAAAAAAAAGAAACAAACUCCCCUCUUGCUUCCUCUCAUUCCCACAAUGGAAUUUCAGGAAUUUCCAUGAAUAACACUGCCAUUCCAGCAAGUCUUCCAAAAACGAGUGAUGGACUCUAUACUCAAAAUUUCACAUUGGAUGAAUUGGAUGAAAUUAAAACAUUUUUUGAAAAGUAUGGUUUUGUCGUGGUUCGGAAUGUCUUGUCCGAACAAGAAAUUGAGCAAAGUAUUGAAGAAAUUUGGAGGAUUAUUGAGGGAACGGAUGAUUCGACGAAAUCCAUCAUUGAAAGUUUGAGACAAUUUCAUGCAAGUGCGGAAUGUGUCAAAUCGAAUGUAGAAUCGAAUUCGAAUGGGAAUUCUAAUAGUGGAUUUACACCGGUGCAGAGAAAUGAUCCAACGACGUGGCGAGAGGAAUGUGGAUGGCCAGAGUUUGAUAAUGUGGGAAUUUUGGGAAAUCAACCUGCAAUGGGAAUUUGUGCCAUGGAAAAUCGACAAAAUGAAAACAUUUACCGAAUAUUUAAUCUUCUCAUGAAUAAUUGUAACAAAUUAUGGGUCGGAUUCGACACGUACGGUGUCAUGAAGCCGACCAAAGAUGUUUUAUGCAAGGAUGGAAAAACUCGAAAAGAUUUUCCUCAAUACAAAACAAAAUCGAAUUGGUUACAUUGGAGACUCAAUCCCUGGAAACUCUACAAACAAUAUCAAACACUGAAUACGAAUUUACAAAAACAUUUGAAUUCAAGUAGCUUGGAUUUAUUACCAAAUUUAGGAACACAAAAUUCUACAUUUUCGGAAAUUUCUGGAAGCGGAACUGGAGGAUUAAUUUCAAGUCCUCUCACUGAUCAUCAUGCCUCCACUUCGACUUUAUCCAAUUUUUCAGAACCUUCUCUCAGCAAUGGAAAAAAUUCUUUAAUUUCCAUGGAAAUUGGAACCUCCUCUGGAAAAUCCAAAAAGAAACCCUCUUCCAAACAUUCUCCCUGUGAAAAAGCCAUGCAUUGCUUAAAGAGUAGCACUCCCAGAAAAUUCUUGCUCAAUGAAGAUUAUGGAAUUUUUCCAGUGAUGGAUCCCAACGCCUACACUUCAAAUCCCGCCCAUGACUAUUUACGCGACGAAUGGAAAUUACAAGGCUUGAUUAAUUUUGUGGAUUCGCGUGAGCAGGAUGGCGGUCUCAUGUUAGUUCCGAGUUUUCACGCGCCCGAUAAUUUUCUCACGUGGACCAAAGCAACCUAUAAACGAUUUGGCACACUCACAGAACAUCAAGAAUCGUUCAUCAAAGUGCCACUUUCGUAUGAUUUGUAUCCGUAUGCAAAAGCAAUUUCAUUGCCAGCAGGAGCCUUGUUGGUAUGGGAUUCGCGCAUUCCAACUUGUACCUAUCCCAAUGACUCGGAUCGAUUUCAUAUGGUUCAGUACAUUCGAAUGUUUAAAUGUGAAAAGUAUAUGGAUUCGAGUGUGAUGGUGAAUGAGAAUUCAAAAACCAACUUUUUUGAAAUGCGAAGACAAUUGAUUCUUCAACAAAUGCCUCGAGAAUUUGUGCCGUCGCCUAUUGGAAAGAAAUUAUUUGGAUUGGAGGAGUGGUGA